AUGAAGGAGUGUUUGCAACAGACACUGGAUUAUGAGCGCGCCGCGCACUUGUGGGUGCGCUGGGAUAAGAUGGAGCGGCUGGAGUCGCUGUUUCUGGAUCUGAGGGGGUAUAGCACGUUUCCGAGGACGCUGGUCGACAAAGACGUGGCGGAUAUCGCGACGCGGCUGAGUAAGAAGCCUUUGAAGCUGUUGGUUAUUGCGGGGUUGCGGUCGUGGCGCUUUUACCCUGGGUUUGACCCGGUCACGAUGGAGGAAGUGGUGAUGGGGGAGAAGGAUCCCGAAUUCCGGUUGUGGAGGACCCUUGGGUCCGGAACCGAUAUCAAUGUGUUCAAGACGUUCAGGGGGGCGGUCCGGCCCGGUGGGAGGCUUGUUUUUGUGGAUACGGCUCAGGAGGAGAAGUGGAUGUAUACAAGGCCAGAGGACACACCCCCUCUGCCCCCUUGGUGGACUAACCGACCCUUUGUUACCUCCGUUGCCCGCCGGCACAGCGGCCCAUCGCCGCCGUCCCCUAGCAUCUUCACAUGGGUAGCUCGAGCCGCCACCGCCCGGCUGCAAAACGGAGCCGGUGAACAAGACCGCCCAACAACUCGCCCGUCUUCAGACCGUCACCGGGACUCAGGCACUUACCGGCCUUCCCAUCCCCCCGUGGCCAAGCCUGUUCCGGCAGUGAGAAUUGCCCUGCGUCCGCUUGACCCCCGGUACUGCGAGCUCACCGUGGCGGUGCCAAAAGGUGCCGGUCACUCGUAUCUGGUACGCGCGAUCCGGAGGUGGUACGAACGAGAGGACCAACGUCUGUCUUCACUCAGCUUGUUUCGUUUCUACGAUUCCAAGGGGCGGCAGCUAGACUUCAGUCCCGAAGCCGUCCGCGAUGAGAAGGAAAUUUGGUACAGUGUAUCAAAGUCCGAACAGCACUUUUCAAAUUGGAAGUUUUCGGACUGGGCUGAUCGCGAGGAUCGGGCUCUCGACGUGCUCUUCGCCGCGGAGAUUCACUCCGUCAUCGAAUCAGGCGUGACUGUCGGAGAGCUGAGGCAAAGGGUGGCGGAGUAUAUGGGUAUCCAGGAUACCAACAGAAUCGCUCUGAUUGUCCGAGACGGCAUUCGCCCUGGAGCAUUACAGGGAGACCACUGGGGGCUCAGCAAGCUCAAGACGUGGCUUUGCCGCUGGCUCUCGGUUGCCGUAUCCCCGGAGCGCGGCUAUGUCGUACUCCGUGGCGCACAAGGGGUGUUUGUUUACCAUCCUAGAAGGGUGCAGGUUGGGACGCGGAUGCAUCUGAGCUUCGUUGCAGAUUAUGUCGUUACUAGGGUCUUCCAAAGCGAGUACCCAUAUCAAAUGAGCGAACUGAGAGGCCAAGGUGACGUUGAGCUCCUUCUCGACGGCACACUGCAAAACUCCCGGACCGCCACCGUAAAAUGGGGUGCCACAUACGAUCUCCGUCUCUCCCAUAACCUCGCCGAAGCCCUUCAGCUCGACGACCCUUGGCCGACGGAGACAACGGUACAGUGCAGCAUUUGCAUCGAGGACAAACCGCGGGCCGAGAUGCCCGCCCAGAACACCCCCCGUUGCACCCACCAGCCGACCACCUGCAAAGACUGCCUCGGAGAGUGGCUACGUUCAAGCAUCGAGCGUGGUGCUUGGGACCGGCUGCAGUGUCCAGACUGCCCCGAGGCCCUAGACUGGCAGGACGUCAAGUGGCACGCCUCCGAGGGGACCUUCAACCGAUACGACACGCUAGUUACCCGCGCGGCGCUCACCAAGGACCCAGCAUUCCACUUCUGCCUCUCCCCAGCCUGCGGAUCGGGCCAGAUGUACGAGGAGAACUGCCCGCGGUUCGAGUGCGUCAGCUGCCAGGCCUCGUCCUGCCUGCACCACAACCUCCCGUGGCACUGGGACGAGACCUGCCAGGAGUACGACAAGCGCAACCAGGACCGCAGGGCAGCCGAGAAGGCCUCGCAGAAGGCAGUCCGCGGAUCGAGCAAGCCCUGCCCAGGCUGCAAGCGGGACGUCCACAAGUUUGCCGGAUGCAACCACAUCACCUGCAUCUGCCGCCACGAAUGGUGCUACAUCUGCACACAGCCCUGGCAACGCCUACAGACCGGCGCGCCCUACUGCCGGCACGCGCCGGGCUGCACCGAGCGUGACGCGCUCUUCGACGCCUGGGAGGAGCUCAACCCAGGCCUGCUGCUCGCUCCCGCCCCCGCUGGUGCUGCUGGUGCUGCGAUACCAGGAGGAGAUGAUAAUGACCACGACCCCUUCCCCCUCCCCCCGCCGGCCCUGCCCCCGCUGCUGUGGGAACCGCCCCGGCGGCGGCGCCGGCUGGAUGGGGAGGAGGAGGGUGGGCUGGGUGAGUUGGCUGCGGCUGUUGCUGGUGGUGGUGGUGGGGAUGCGUUUGUGCCGCAGCGGUUGCGGCCGCGUCGGGGGCGGAGGAAUACGGUGCAUGGUGCGGAGCAGGUUGGGGCGGGGGAUGGGGUGGUUGUUUGA